AUGAAUGAAAACUCAGAUGAUCACAACUGUCUCAAGCUCAUGGAGCUUGAGACAGAAGCAGUUAGCCCUGUCAAAGGAGCUCCCCUUCUGGAAGCAAUAGAUCUUUUUGUAGAUGGUUCCAGGUAUUACACAUCAGAUGGUAAACCUCACACGGGCUACGCUGUAACAACAGUCGACAAAAUAGUAGAAAAAGGCUCACUCAGCAGCCACAUGUCGAGCCAAGAGGCCGAACUACAUGCAUUGGCCAGAGCCUGUGAGAAACAUGAAGGAUUAAGGAUCAAUGUAUACACGGAUUCAAGGUACACUUUUGGAAUAGCCCAUGAUUUCUGUCCAAUUUGGAAGGCCAGAGGAUUCCUCACUAGCUCGGGGAAACCUGUGAAGCACGCCGAACUAAUCAACAGAUUGUUCGUAGCGUUUACACUCCCAUUAGAAGUGGCUAUCUUAAAGGUCAAGGCUCACACCACAGAGACCACCAUGGAAGCUAGGGGCAAUGCAAUGGCAGAUCUGGCUGCUAAAGAAAGAGCCCUAGACCCCCUCCCCUGA